UUUCUGUUUGGCGCAUGCGUGGUGUUGAUUGUAGCUGUGUGCACGUGUGUUUACCACAGUGAGGUGGAGGAGAGUGUUUGCGGCGGAGUUUUUACUUUUAUUUUCACACAGAAGAUGGUAAAGUCACACGGUGCAAGAAAACAGAAGGCGGAGACCCCGAACAGCACUGAUGCCACAGAGGAAGCCCCCAGCCUCCCCCCUGACAUGAAGAUGCAACAAGACGUGAAGGAAAGCGGACAAGAAGAACGGAAGAGGGGCGCAGAGCCCAGCACAGACGCCUCCCUGUCAAAGACGGCAAAGCUGGCCAGCCACAAAUUUUGUGCUUACAUUGGAAACCUGAACCGCUCCAAAUCCUGUGAUGAGGUCAGAGACUCCUUAGCAGCGUACUUGAUGACGCAGAGCAUAUUGUUUCAAGACGUCCGCUUAGACCGGUCCAAAAAACACGCGUUUGUGGAUUUGGCCUCAGAAAUGGACCUUCAGAAAUGUCUGAUGCUGGACGGAGAAAAGGUUCUGGACGUGCCCCUGAAGAUCGCCACAGCCAAGGUCAAAAGUGAGGGAAGGGUGCAGAAAAAAGCCGCCCCGCGUGACAAGAAAGUCAAAGAGGCUCGCAGUUUGUUCCUGAAGAACCUGCCCUUCAACGCAAAGAAAGAAGACAUCCUGAAAUUCUUCAAGCAUGCUGUGGCUGUUCGCUUUCCCGGUCGAAGCAAACGGCCGAGUCGAGGCAUUGCCUUUGUGGAGUUUAAAAAUACGCGCAUUGCUAAAAGGACGGGAGAUAAAAAACAAGGUGUGAAGUUCCGCGGCAGAGUUCUGGUCGUGGCUCGAGCCGGAGACGCCGGCAAGCCUCCAGCCGGAGCUGACCAGCAAAGAGCAGAGAAUGCACCUUCUCCCAGCAGUGUCCUGGUUGUGAGCAGCCUGGCGGAUGCAGUGGAGGAAAAGCAUCUCCAGAAAGCUGUGAGCGUCCGCUUGCAGCAAACCGGCAGCACGGGAAAAGGGCUCAGGGAUGCUCGCGUCGAGGUCCCGUCGGUGGAAGAGGCUGAGGAAGCGUUCCGGGCAUCCCAAAAUAUCAAGAUCUGCCAACAAACAGCCAAAGCGGAGUUCUGCCCCGGCACCAGCAGCACAGAAACGGUUAACGCUGAGCCUAAAACUCUGGUGGUGUUGGGUCUCGCUAAGAAGACCACAGCCCGGACGCUGCAGAGCGCCUUUGAAGGAGCGCUGAGGGCACACGUCCCCGUCAACCCGGCCACUGGACUCUCCAAAAGGUUCGGUUUUGUGGACUUUGAGAGUCAAGAAAGUUGUAAAGCUGCCAAAGAGGCCAUGGAGGAUUGUGAGAUAGACGGCAGCAAAGUGACGAUUGCUUUUGCAAACUCCAAAGGAGAACGGGGACAUCACGGAGGUUCUGUAGGCCGCUCCACUGGAACGUCUGUAGGACGAAGAAAGCGGUCUGCUCCCAAAGGAACUCCUCAACCAUCCAUGGCCUCCUGAAGCAUCACUGGAUUCAUUUAAAAUUCCUCUGAAAUCUCAGUUGUUGGACCUUUUUGCUGUACUUCAAUGCUCAUGUUAUAAAACCAAACGGUGGAACGCCCCAAAAGUUUUUUUGUCUUUAACUGAGAAAUUUCAGACUAAACCAGAGGCCCUUUUUUUAAUCCAGGAUGCUAUCUGGAUGAGUUAGAACUCUACACUUCUGCCUGAAAAAAUAGACAGGACAUCCUGAAGUUUCCACCUGUUUAAAAUGGUUAUCCAAACAAAGCGCGGUGACCCAGAUGGCAGCACCAGAGGAAUCCAGCAGAACCAAGACCCCACUCCAUUCUCAAGACACCAGCUCUGGGAAAUCAACCUGCAAUAUUGAAACACUGAGUGAGACGGACGACAGAGGAAGGUCUGGCUGCACGGUGAAGACUGACCUUUGGCCCCGGAGGAACCAGGAGGGUGUCUUCAGGAACCCUAACAAAGGGCAGAUGAUCAUGCAGUUUAACUGUACCUGGAGUUAAAUGCUGCAUAUCUGCACUUCUUUUCAUAUUCUGCAAAGAUUUUUGUUAAAAUCCUGUUAUUAAAACAAAAAUACUGAACUUCCUAUGAUGGUUAGAAUAACUAAGAAAUGUAAACAUGCGUAAAGCUCAUAAAGGUGCUCAGUCUGUCAC